AUGGCGACUCACAACAUCCACUGGACCGACUACCAAUCGACAACAAGUAGCGGCAGCUCAAGACGCAGCGGCGGCAGCGACACUAGCGACGAGUCUUACCGGUCAAGACGCAGCGCACCAGCCGCACCGCGCGAUCAGCGCCCGUCGCUCCCAAAGCCCGAGACUUGGCACGCGCCCACCGACCGCCGCCGCGAGCAGUUUUACGACGAACCCGUGGAGUACUACGAGGCCCGAUCGUCGGUCGACACGUACGCCUCGACGUCGGAAGAAGAGCUGGAAGAGGAAGAGGAGGAAGAUGACUACCCGCCUUACGAAAUCCCCGAGUACAGACACGAGGCGUUCCCAACCGACGCCAUCCCUGCAACACCGAGAGAUUUCGCAGACCUGUUCCCGUCGGCAAACAGGCUGUCCAUCCAGCACGACGAUGCCACGAUUGACGGCAACAUGAACCUGCGCGUCGACACCCAAGUCGAGACGCGGCGGGGAAAGCAGCUCGUGACCCUCUUCCAUCUCCGCAUGCACGACCUGAAGAGUCGCGACUUUUCGCUGCGCCGGUACUGCAGGGACUCUGGCCGCGAGGUUUGCCACGCCAUCCGGAAGUAUCAGAAGCCGCCGUCGGAGCGGCCAGCGCUGCAGCGGUCCUUCAGCAGCGCCAUCGCCACUUUCCGACACAAGCCGGAGCGCAAAGCCUCAGCCACGUCAAGCCUCAAGCGCCAAGAUUCCGGGUACGGAUCGAUUGUUGCAGGCGAUGAUGAGUCACGCCCUAGGUCAGCCGGUCAGCCCAAGCGAGCGCAGCUGAUGCCUACCAACACGAUGAAGAUGGAGUUCUCCAACUACGCCCACGUAGACAUCAAGCGCCGCGGAACCAAGUCAAAUAAGAGAUAUGAGUUCGAGUACUGGGGAGUCAACUACGCCUGGAAGCGCGUGUCGAAGAAGGACGGCAGCUUUGAAGAAGUCUCUUACCACCUGACCCGGAGCGACAGUCCCGUGGCGCUGGCACACAUCGUUCCCGUGCCCCUCACCAAUGCGCAGGCUCGCGAGGAGGCGGCCAAGGGCGGCUGGAUUCCUCCGUGUUCCAUGUGGAUCAGCGAGCCGUCAAUAAUCGACGGUAGCGCAGACACUGCUGACGUCGUGGUCUCAUCGGGAAUCAUGGCUCUCGUCGACGACAGCAUCAAGAACCACUUCCACUCCAAAGAGUCGACUCAGAUCCACAUUCCGCUGUCGAGGAACGCGUCGUUCAAACUGAACAUGGACUAUGUCGGCCCGAAGCGUCUGAUUGACGAAGUCUUCCAUCGUACCACGCGGGGCAACACGUCGCCGCGCGGGCCCACGCCGCUGCGGCGGACGUCGAUGGAAGCGUGA